AGUUCUCCGACCGAACACACGACGGCGACUUGCCAAACCGCGGGACUCCGGGUAAAAGCGACGAGGGUAUCGCGUCGUCGUAACGUCGUCAUCGACGAUUGGAAUUUGCGUUCUCGUAGAAACUCUCUCUCUCGAGAGAGGAGAUGCCUCGCGUGUGUACCGUGACGAAGUAGAGGGAGAUUACGAGCACGCGGCGGAGCAACAGUGUUCGGCGACCUUCCUCUGGAGUGCGCCGGCCAGAGAGACGGUGUUAGGGGACAAGCCAGGUGUCUCCAUCGACGGUAGAGGAUCACGAGAGGGUCGCGGGGUCAGCGAGAGGGCAUCGUAUCUCUGCGUGAAGGCGUGGUGGGUCACGUUCGCGUGUGACAGCGCAGCACGGAGAUAACGCGCUUCCGUAAACACGUGAAGGAGACAUGGGAUUGAUAGUGAAAUCAAUCGCGAGAUGCGCUGAUGAAUUGAGAGAUAGAUAUCUAAUCGAGUAAGACAGAUUGGUGAUAAAAUACGCAGACGAAGGGGAGAGAAAGAGAGUAUAAAGAACGGUAUUUUUGCGAAUUAUUAUGUGUCAUCCGAAAAUCUCGGAUUUUCUCAAUUUCCCAACGGCGUACUCCGCAACGAUCUGAUCUCGACGCGUGCAUAUAGGUGGAUUGCUCGCGAGAAGCGUCGUAUGCGGCGAAUUUUUUACGAACUUCGACGUGGCUACGCGAGCCGAGGGAUAUCCCGAGAGAUUAGACCGCGACGAAGGCGGUAGUCGGGGCAUGGUCGCGGAGGAUGAGGAAGAAAUACAAAAAUAGCUGUCCCCGUGGUUGACCGGAGAUGCACAGCUGACCAGCCGCGUCAGAGAGCGCGAGAACGUGAGAGAGGGAGAGAGAAAGAAACAGAAAGAGGUGAGAGUGAGAGAAAGAGCCUCGAUUGACGCUCGAUUAGCAUCGACGAGUGUCACGACUCCGCGUCGGGAAAAUCGAUUCGAUCGCGGUGUUUCGUGUAAACGCUUCGACUGCAAACACACCACGUGCCUUCACCGUCGUCGUGAACAGCUCUACUCUAUCCUGGGCGUCGCGACGCCCACUCCCACUUCGCACGGCCGUCUCGACUCAUCGUGCGAAAUCGAGCCGUUUCUCCGACGAAUUGUCUCUUUCUUUCGUUCGUGUACGAGCGAUUCGACAACGACGUCGUGGAGAUGUCCGAGUCAUGCGCCUCGCCGAGACGUCCACGCUCCGCGAUUUCGUCUAUCGUGAAAUCUGACCCCGAUCCCGUAGUCAGAUUCAGCAAGAUCCGCGAGCAUCGCCGAGGAGUGCCUGCGGUCAGGAACAACGCGAACCUCCCGAGGAUCGAAGCCACGAGGUUGUUGACCCGCCGCAUCGCGUCGCCGUCGCGUCAAUAUUUUUCGGCUAUAUCGGCUCGCCAAUUGAAAAUCACGAGGAUUCGAUGCGCGUUUCAGCUGUAAACGGCGAUCGACGCGAUAUGAGACUUUGUCGACGAGAGAGGAGGAAUCGCGUCGAGGACGGACGUUAUCGUUGGCGAGCGACGUUGGAGGUAUCCUCGUAGCUCUCCGCUAAAUCGUUCGCGACGAUCCGUGGAGGCUAAUUAUCAGUCCAGUGGAAAUCGCGAAAACGCCGCGAGAGAGAUUCGCAUAAUCCCCGUUAUAAAUAGAUGUCUUCUCGCGUGGAUCCCGCGUCUUGAAGAGCACACACGCGCCUCGGCAUCUAUCACAGGAGUGAGAACGCGUGACACGUGCGACACGUAUGUCGAUCGUUCGACAAGGUAGCACCGACCUUCCCCCCCGGAUCGACACCCCAGACUGAAGAUCUUAGACAGAUAUCUAGAUAGAGACGAGAACUCUGGGUCCAAACGAACGUGGCGUCGAGCCUUUCGCGCUCUCCGAAAAAGUCUUAAUCGUGACGUAUCGAUAUCGCGAAGACGAGCAAGACCAAGAACAACGACCAUCUCGGUGCUCUUGGCGGACGAGAAUAAACGCGAGAUAAGAUCACCUGCGGGAGACGACAGAUCUCUUUCUCGCGCUGCCUCUUAUUCGUAUCCGUUAAGAAGCUCGAGGAAACGAGACGAGAUGCAUCGCUGAUUUACUCGCGCGAUCGUCUCAUCCAAUUACAGCAACGAAAAUCUCUUUCUUUUUUCCUAUCCUCGUUAACUCAAGUCGCGUUACGUUACACCAUCUUACGGCUAAUCACUAUGCUCAACUCGUGCUGUGCUUUUUUCUACCGUGCUCGUGCAUUGUUUGCCGCGAGUGUUUUUUCCUAGUGCUUUAUUGUAAUUGUCGCGCGAUAUAUUAGGUAUAGGGCCCGAGAUUGCGCCCUAACAUCACACGGUCAAAAAACGCGGAAGUCUCGGCUGUCCAGAUACCUGAAAAUCCUGUUCCUGAGAUGCCUGUUAGACGAGGUCACGUGGCGCCCAGAACUACGAUCAUCGAGACCAUCAUCCGAAAGUUCGAUACGCACGAUCGAAGCUUUUUAGUGGCGAAUGCGCAACAGGGACUAUGCCACAUUAUCUACUGCUCGGACGGUUUCUGCCGGCUGACGGGUUUCUCAAGGGCCGAGGUGAUGCAGCGUCCGGCGGUCUGCGACUUCCUCCAUGGACCAAUGACGUCACCGCACGCGGUCGCGGCCCUGCGAGAAGCCCUCGCCGCUGGCGUCGAAAAGCACUUCGAGAUCCUUUACUACAGAAAGGACGGAACCAAGUUUCUCUGCAGCGAGGUGAUAGCGCUAAUAAGGAGCGAGGUGGACGACAUUUGCCUACAAAUCAUAAACUUCGAGGACCUGAGCUCGCAGCCGCCGCCGCAGCCCGCGAUCCCGCCGCCGAGUCAGGCCAACAACAGGCUCGCGACACGCUUCGACAGGGCAAGGGCGUCCUUCCGGGCUGGCUUGUCGAGGACCGGUGUCGUUGGUCCACCAAGGGUCCGGAACCGACCGCGCACGGCCGCUAAUUUGCCUCAUCGACUCGCUGACGGGACCAUCCUCGACGAGGACGCUUCUGAGAACUGCCCGUUAACAUGUGGCUCGCCCACAAUGAUGGAAUCUUGGGGUCCUGGGAGGACCGGCACGCCACCGCCGGGUUUGCCGCCCCCGUUAUCAGCGGGGAGCAACAACAAUGGUGGCGCAACAACAUCGGCGGUCAUCCCGAGUGUCAUACCACAGCCCGGCACAACCGCUCCCAUCGCCAGUCCCGAGGGAGUGAGCGAUGUCUCGCAAAAGUCGGGAAUCUGGGAGGGCGCAAAUUCGUCGUCGGGGGGCGCCGCGGAGGGCCCCUCGCGAAGUGUUUCUCACGCGGCGAGUUUGGACGCGAUCUCGAAGAGGGCCGUGAAACCGGAAACGGCGAGGGCGCCUUGUCGCAGCCUCACCUGCAGCGUCUUAGCGGGCCGAGGGAGCGAACACGUCACCCUCGAGCGACGACCAGCCACAGUCGAUAAUCUAGCUGAAGCAGCGAAACAUUCGAAAAUCUUUCCUGGCGUUGCUUCUGAAAGCGAUCUGCAGAAAUGGCGAAUGUCCAAGGACCGGAAAUCGCCAUCUCUCAGCCAGAUGGGACAGGAUUCCAUCAAACACAAGUUCUCCUUACAAGACAAUGGAUCUGCAAAGUAUUUUCAAGGAGCGAUGCACACACCGAACAUGGGAGAAAAAGUCGCUCAGGUUCUGUCCCUCGGAGCAGACGUCCUCCCAGAGUACAAAUUACAGUCCCCCAGAAUCCACAAGUGGACCAUAUUACACUAUUCGCCGUUCAAGGCAGUCUGGGAUUGGAUUAUAUUGCUGCUCGUGAUGUACACCGCCAUAUUUACGCCGUACGUCGCCGCUUUCGUUCUGUCGGAUACGGAAUAUAACAGCAGGAAGAACAAAAAGUACAGCGACGAUCCCAUCGUCAUCAUAGACUUGAUAGUCGACGUCACCUUCAUCGUGGACAUUCUUAUAAAUUUUCGCACGACGUUCGUCAACAGCAACGAUGAGGUGGUGUCCCAUCCUGGAAAGAUAGCCGUCCAUUACCUGAAGGGUUGGUUCAUCAUCGACCUGGUGGCCGCCAUUCCCUUCGAUCUCCUACUCGUUGGCUCGGAUACUGACGAGCUCGGCUUGGACAAGGACGAGACGACGACGCUGAUCGGACUCUUGAAGACGGCCCGUCUACUGCGCCUCGUCAGGGUAGCCAGAAAGAUCGAUAGAUACAGCGAGUAUGGAGCUGCGGUUUUGUUGCUCUUAAUGGCCACCUUUGCCCUCAUUGCUCAUUGGAUGGCGUGCAUAUGGUACGCCAUAGGAAACGCCGAGAGACCAACCUUGAAGAGUAAGGUUGGUUGGCUGGAUAUUUUAGCCAACGACACGCAUCAGUUUUACUUUCACAAUAACACUGGUGGACCGAGUAUAAAAAGUCGCUACAUCACGGCGCUGUAUUUUACCUUCAGUAGUCUUACGUCCGUAGGCUUUGGAAACGUGGCGCCCAAUACAGACGCCGAGAAGAUCUUUACAAUAGUCGUCAUGUUGAUCGGAUCUCUGAUGUACGCUAGCAUCUUCGGUAAUGUAUCGGCGAUCAUUCAGAGGUUGUACAGCGGCACAGCCCGGUAUCACACGCAGAUGCUCCGAGUUAGAGAAUUCAUAAGAUUCCAUCAGAUUCCGAAUCCCCUUCGCCAGCGAUUGGAGGAGUACUUUCAACACGCGUGGACCUAUACGAACGGCAUUGACAUGAACAGUGUUCUGAAAGGAUUCCCCGAGUGCCUUCAGGCUGACAUCUGUCUUCAUCUCAAUAGGAAUCUUUUAAACAAUUGCCGAGCCUUCGAAGGAGCUAGUCCAGGCUGUUUAAGGGCAUUAUCCUUAAAGUUUAAGACGACGCAUGCGCCGCCGGGUGACACUUUAGUUCAUCGCGGGGACGUAUUGACCUCCUUGUAUUUUAUAUCCCGCGGGAGUAUCGAGAUACUGAAGGACGACAUCGUGAUGGCCAUUCUGGGCAAGGACGAUAUAUUCGGCGAGAAUCCGUGCAUUUAUCCGACAGUUGGAAAAUCGUCCUGUAACGUUCGCGCUCUUACUUAUUGCGAUCUUCAUAAAAUUCACCGAGACGAUCUGCUUGAUGUUCUGGCGCUUUAUCCAGAGUUCUCCAAUCACUUUAGCCAAAAUCUUGAGAUUACUUUCAACAUGCGAGAUGAGGAGCAGGCUGGUGUCGAUCCAAUAUCAGCAAGGUUUCCUAUCAGCACUCCUACCGACGUCGAUAUCGACGCUAGGAAAUUCGCUUUCCGUCCACCAAGAUAUCGUCGAGGACCCGGUGGUCCUGGCACAAAUCUUAUUCCCACAGGUCGACAAGACUCUUUGCAAGACGAUCAAGAUGACUAUGAUAAAGGCAGCGGCCAUGGUAUUUUAGAAUUCAGUACGGACAAAGCUGGUCAGGAUGUAACGCCGUUGAAUCUAGAAUUCGACGAACCUAAACAAAGGAGCUCGACCUUAAACUCGAUAACUGGCAUGCUAACCCAUCUCAAGCGCAGCAUACCGGAUCUACGUCAGCACAAGAUUCACCUGCAGCCGCUUACCAGCCACGAUUAUCUCGCCAAGCAAAUAACUACACCGCUGACGAAACCAGCGCGCCGGAGUUCCGCCGCUGGCGCUGGCGAGAGUAGCCUCAGUCAAAACGUCGUUCAUCCCACUUCGACAACGUCAAGCCACUACACCACACCAUCGCCCCCGCAGCAUCCUCAUUCCCAUGGCGACUUCCAGAGCGGCCCGGGUCGGCCCGUGGAGGAGAUCAACGCCAGGAUCGAUUUAUUGUCGCGACAGGUGUCUUCGCUGGAGCACUCGAUGGCCGGUGACAUUAGAUUGAUCUUGAGCUUGCUCCAGCAAACGCUCAAUUCGUCCAGGGAGAGCUCCAGCAUCGAGAUGAUGCCGGGGGCCGUUGGCGCGAGACAGAGCAGCCGGGCACCUGCGUUAGUUCAGAGAUCGGCGAGCGAACCGCAACCGCCAACGGUCCCGGCGAGCAACGGAAACGGGAAGAUUCAGCCCAGCACGUCGCACGGCUUGUUCAGACCUCCGACGAGGGAGCCGACCUCCACGUCGUCGGGCACGUCGCGGCUAACCGUCACAUCGGAGGCGUCCGCGCUCGCGACAGCGUUGCAGACGGCCCUCAACAAUCGCACCGGGCCCACGAGGUCGCAGAGUCAACCGGUCGAUCUGGCCGUACCGACUAGCACGCAGCAGCAGGCCCACGCUUGGCACAGUCAGCCCGCCGCCUUCAGAAGGGGUGAAUACCGGAGUGGCGUGCCCUGCGACAGAUACAGCUCUUUCAAUAAACGAUCUGAGCCGGAGGGCGAGGAUUCCUGGAGCUGCGUGGUGUCGGAGGAACGUGGGGGCGGCCAGCGUCCUCGUAGCGGCGACUCACGCAAGGAGCCGUCGAAUCAUCGCGGCGGCAACGGCACCGAGUCCACGUCGGGGCAACAGGGUCGGUCGGAGGGCAGACAGCAGGAAGGCAAUGGCAGGGGACAGCAGGCGAGCGGUUCGCGACAGCAGGAAUCCUCGAGACAGACCAGCGACGAUAUAUCAUGGGAGUUUACGAUAAACGAGGCGCCGAUCGCCAGGCUCGAGUCGCUGGACGAGCUCGAUCAGGAUCACGGUAGUUAAGGGGGAAGUAUAGGAGAAGGAGGGAAAAAAUGUCCUGUCAGCCGGGAGCUACGAAGAUCGCCGUGAAGAUCGGCUUUCUCAUCCCGAGAGGAUGCGGAAAGUCGCGACGAGAAGAAGCGCGACCGGGGGCCGUUUAAUCCCUCUCGAGGAAAUCUUGGGUUUAAUCCGAUCGACAACGUAGUCAAUGCGACGCUACGCUUAUCUCGAAGUUAAAUUAUCUAUAGCCGAACCGCGAGCAACGUAACGCGACGCCUGCAGGUCAAUCUUAGAGCGUGUAACGUUGAAGGGAGCGUAAAGGAUUGAAAGUAGAAAUCCCUAUUUGCUAAUCAUUUGUUUACAUUAAAAUUGGGAAAAUUAAAAAGGAUGACUUAGCGAGUAAGAAGAGUUCAUAAGAAAGACUAUCUGUACAUCGACAUAAUUUUUUAAAUCUUUUAUUCGAAUUAUGAUGCAAAGAAGAUACUCUUGUGAUAAUAAUAUUCCACAAAUGUGAGAAUUAUGAGAGUAUUAUAAUAGAAAAGUUUUGAAAAAUUAUAUAUAUUACGAUAAGAUAUUAAUAGGCGUAGAGAAAAAAAUCGAAAAAUUUAAGAUUUUUUAAAAAUAAAUAUUAAAAAGUGAAUUAGAUGCUUCCUUCAGUUACAUACGCUCUAGAACAUCAGCGGACCUGUAAGCGUGAAACGUGAACGUCAUGUUUUUGUAUUCGAAACAAUGAGAGUAUCGGCUGCGAAAUGUACAUUUUCGUAAUGUAAAUGUACCCUUUUUUUAUUUGCCAAGAGUAUCUCUCGCGUUAUACUGACAUGUAACGGCCGUCUCGUUUCGCUCUGCUAAUUCGGAUUAAACGGUCGCUUGUUAAAAAAUCAUCGUACGAUUUAGGCUCUUGAAACAUUCGGCUUCAGGUCGACGAGCGCUUGUCUCUUCGGGAUUCCCGACAGCAAUUCGAUAUUCGUUUCUUCAUAUCGAUUUUUUACGCGUCGAGAAGAGAAGCAAACGAAAGAAAUACACCGUAUCGCCAAUUAGACGCCAAUUAUUUUACUCACACAGGAUCGCAAAUAAUUAUUUAUAUAUAUUUACACGUUGACACACUCGUACGCGCUGUAUAUCAUAAGAUAGGCACGUUAAAAGCGAAAGAGAUGCAUUGAAAGUACGUUGGAAUCGCGGAGAUUUUGAUGGAGGACGAAAUCGCGAACCAAGUGUUUCGUCUUGCGCGAGAUUAAACAAUCGCAAAAAAAAAAAAAAAGAAAUAUCUAACCCGUUAGAUAUCGCAUAGAUAUUCCCACGACGAAAUAUGGUCGGAUACGAAAAAAAAAUAUGCGAUGAUUAAAAGUAUGUUGAGAAACAUAAUCGUUUUAGAGCUGAUUUAUUUUAUCGCGCGGAAUAUUUUUGGCAGCUUUCGCGAUUCGCAUUCUCGCCGCAUUUCAAUGUUAAAUCGCGGUAGAAACGCGACACUCUUGGAUCGAUAUCCGUUCGCUGGAAAGAAUGAAAAGUAGUUUUCGAGCGAAUUAGUCGCGAUUUCUGGCGGGUUAAUUAAUUAAGACGAUCGUUAGGGCACCUCCUUUUUUAUUCUUGCUUAUAUAGGCAACGUUAGACGACGGUAUUAAGGUAACGAUACUUAAGACAAGUUUCUCGCAGUGCCGAAAGGUAUUAUCGCGUAGUAAUUUAAGCCGGUUAAACAUCGGUGGAACACGAAGAAACAAUUUUUCUUUUUUUCAGCCGCCGUACAAAGUAGCCAUGUCCUUUAUACAGACAUAACGCGACAGGAUAUGUCGCACAGGCGACAUUAGACGAUUAUCAAGAUCCUUAUAAUUAUUAUUAAUAUUAUUAUAUUAUCUCGUAAUUAUUAUUAUGAUUACUAUUAUUGUUAUUAGUACUCUUAUGAUUAUUAUCGUUAUUAUUAUUAUUAUUAUUAUUAUUAUUAUUAUUAUACAUAUAUGCAGAAAUGAAAGAAGCGCAAGCGUGACUGGAGGGAGGAGGGGGAGACGAAGAAAAUCACACCGACGACAUAAUGCCUACGCAAUAAUACAAUACAUAUACUUAUGCAUAUAUACACAUAAUAUACAAAGAAGAGAAAGCAUAUGUAUACGUAUGUGUAUAUAUAUAUAUAUAUAUAUAUAUAUAUAUAUAUAUAUAUAAUGUUCUAUAAAUUUUUUACAAAGUAUUUCGAGUCGCUAUUGCUCUUAAACGCGUAAUAAACGUUGGUUUCUCUUCCUCUCUUUUCGUUUCUUGUCCUCCCGCGAUAUCUCUCAAUUUCCGUCACUGGUGUCGCCGGUGAACCGGUUGAAAAAGGCUGGGGAAACAGCGAUCGAUCGAUCCUCGGGGAUCUUAGCUUGGCUUGCGACUUUACGGUGAAUUUUUACAAUUUACGAUUUGCGAUGCGGAUCGAGAUGAGAGAAUAAGAAAGAGAGAGAGGAGAGUCAGAUCGAUUUACUUGAGAAUGGCGCUUCGAGGAUCGUUCACGGAUCACCGAUCGCUGAUCUGUUCGUUCUUUGCUCAGUAUUCUAGGCUGUACCGAAUACAUUCGAUGUAACGAUUACUAAAUACACACGAUUCAUAGUUAACUCUGUGCGACGAAGCGGUGGAUGCAGCAGCGCAGCGCUAAUAAUAGGGGGCAAAAGGGGAGAAACGCAGCUUUCAAUUUCGCAGAUGACGAUUUUUUGAUUGUUAAAAUUACCAGUAGUACACGCAGCACACGUGGAUUCUCGCACCUAGGUACACGGCAGGAGUUGUAUUACGUACAAUAUUUAGAUAUGAUCCUUUAGAAGGAGGGAGAGAGUCCGGCGUGGUCCCGGCCGAGGACGAUCACGUUCGCCGCACGAAACCUGUCUCGAAAAAAUCGCCAACAUAUGAUAAAAAAAAAAUACAUAUCAUCGCCUGGCCUCUAUCGCCGUAUCAAUCUCAAUUACAGAAAUUAAAACGAAAAUGUAAAUCGGGGGCUGGUUCCCUUCUCGAAGAAUAUAUUACAAGUCUGUAAAAAAAUAUACUACUCCUUAACUGGUAUGACGUUUUUUA